AUGGCCAUGAGAAGGAUCUACCAGGCGGUGCUCAUCUCACAGAUGCUCUACGGAUUUCUUUUGCCAUCUGGCGCUGGAGAUUGGGAAGUGGUGCUAACGCUAGAUGAUGGGCCUUACAGCAUCAAGCCGUACAAAGACCAUCGAUCGUACCCUCUUUCGCUGGAUCGGCAAGAAGAUGGCAAUACGGUGGUCAAGUUCCUCUUCUCGGGUGAGAAGACGGACAACGUGUUUGAACUGAGCCCGGUUUUCUUUGAGAAUUGGUACCGGUACCAGGAUGAUGUGGUUGUCAAUGGGGCUAAGACUGACCUGAUGCAGCUGUUUUUCAUAUGUCCUCCUUCCAUUCCUAUCCCUUAA